CGCGUCGGUUGACAUCAUCUGGUCACGUGACUGACGCGUCUGUAUAAAGUACGAGACAAAGCGAAACAUCCAGCGCAUACCAGCGAUGGGCCCGAGCAUCACGCCGACUGUUGCGAUCACGGCGAUCACGCCGCAGCAGACAGCGCCCCUCCGCCACCUCGUGCUCUGGCCGUCCAUUGCGCUGGGCUCGCAGCUCGACCCCGCCUAUGACUUUGCUCCCGCGACCAUCCACCUCGGUGCCUAUCUCUGCGCCCCAGUAGAGACCCAGCGCCCGCCCGAUCACCUCCCUGGCACGGCCCCGGCACAAGAGCCGAUCGGCAUCAUGACGCUCGCCCUCCAGCCGUACCGCCCACUCUCACCCGCCACCUCUCCUCCCACACCGCUUCUCGCCCCGUCCUUGACGCACGUCCAACUGCACAAGUUUGCUGUCCACCCUGAUUUACGCGGACUGGGUAUCGGACGAACCAUGUUUGCGCAUGCGGUUUCUCUGUUGAAGGACAAAUAUGGAGAGGGCAAUGUGCUUUUCCAUUUUGAUGCGCGAGCGAAUCAGACGAGGUUCUAUGGGAACUGUGGGAUGGACGUUUUGGACCCGGUCGAGUUUGAGAAGAGGGGGACGACGGGGAAAGAGGUUCCGGUGAUGCAUAUCAAGAUGGGCAGGGUGAUAUGACGGGCUGCCCUGUAAUUGAUACACAUCCAUUCUAGAUACCUGGUAGCACAUAUAGAUGCAUCUCUCUUAUACUCAUCCCUCUCCUACCUAAAGUUACUUGGCACGCCGCAUGGAACUGGUGCGUUUCACGAGGGCAUGGAUGAAAUCAGUACGUUUGUGGCGGUAUUUUGCGAGGCAUAAGAAGGUUAGGGGCUUGAUGUGCGCGAGCUGGAUGAGGAUCAGGAGGACUUGGGCAGCAGGGCCGAGGGUCAUGAUUGGGGGUUCCAUACUGCGCUGUCUCAAACUUGCCG